CCAUCUUAAGACCAAUUGCGGUGAUAAAUGGAUGUCAACAGCGAUUGAUUCACAGGACGUCCGCCAACAGAGAUCUGAUGGAGUUCUUCGACGACCCCAAGAAUUGGACCGAAACUGAGAUCAAAACAGGUCGUGAGUGGCGUAAAGACGAGUUGCGGAUCAAAAGCAACAGUGAUUUGCAUAAGUUAUGGUAUGUGUUGUAUAAGGAGAGGAAUAUGUUGAUGACUAUGGCAGAGGCCGCCAAAGAGGCCAAUGAAGUGCUCGCAAGUCCUGAACGCAUCGAUAAAGUGGAGAUCAGUAUGAAGAACUUGGAGGAUGUGGUGCGCGAACGCAACAAAGCCUACUGGGAGUUGGAGGUCGGGGAGGGAACUACUGGCGAACGGCCCAAAGCCUUCCGCAGAGAUAUAUUCGGUCGCUGGCGAUGGAUCGGGUGUUCGGAGCAUAUGAUGCCCUAUCGAAUGAACACAAAGUGGAGAGCUAUGAAUGCCCCGGGUUUUGGCAAAGAUGUCAUUGAAUUCAACCUUAAACUCAAAGAGAAGAAGUUAAAGGAGAAGAAGUCUGCGAUCUUUCGUCAGUCAUUCUAUUGUCGACAACUCAUGAGGAGAUUCCCAGACCUGGAUCUCGAGUAUCUGCAGGAGAAGUUCCCAGACGUUGACGUCAAGAAACAAAAGGACAGUUUGGAUGAGCUCUGCAAAAAUGAAAGGUUCAGACCGUUUCACAGAACUCUAUACCACACUAAGAAACGGACUGAUUAUUAGUAUAGAAACCGU